AUGCCCCGUGUUGCCCCAGGCCAGAGGAAACUACGACGAGUCAAAUGUGACGAGACGAAGCCUUCUUGCCACGCAUGCAUCUCCACAGGCAGGAAAUGCGACGGCUAUACGCCAAACGUAGAAGCACCUCCAGACCUUCCACUAAGCCGACCUCUAUCUCUUGAGUUCCUAGGAACUCAAAGUGAACGUCGGUCAUUCUACUUUUUUCAGCAGAAAACUGCGCCCCAAUUAUCCAGCUUCUUCGGAGAUGACGUCUGGGAGAGGCUCAUCCUCCAAGCAGCUCUUCACGAAUACUCAAUCCGACAUGCGAUCCUAGCUUUGGGAUCUUUGCACGCAAAAUUCGAGCAGGACAAUGGCUUGAUUAAGCAAAAUUAUACCAAUGAAUAUGCUGACAAGUUCGCUUUGGAGAAUUACGGCCAGGCAAUCAACAUGCUCGUCACUUCACUGUCAGAACAAGGCCGACCAGCAAUCGACGUGUGUCUAAUAUGCUGUAUCCUGUUUGCUUGUCUCGAAACGAUGCGAAGUAGCUACGGCUCCGCCAUCACACACGUCCAAAGCGGCAUGAAAAUCCUGUCUGAAGUGAAGUACGACGAGAAAACUCGUUGCUAUCAGCAUGAUGUCCUUGUAGCGUCCAAAUUACCAUAUGUGUCUAUAGAAGUACUAAAAGAGAUGUUCAUGCGUGUUGACCAUAGAGUUACCCAGAUGGUCAGCGGGGAAAAUUGGGAAACGCCCGAUUCAGAACAACAAUACGUGCCGAAACCAGAGACGUCAGCUAUAUUUUCGACUUUAUCAAAUGUCAGCGCAUCGCUUGUAACCCAGUGGCAAAUGUCUUCCUACUCUAUCACCGAUACGGGAAAUCCUCCGGGUCGGGGGGUUCCAGCAGCUCUCGACAUUGACCCCUGGCAGAAGAAAUCCAGAAGCAUCCUCGCAAGAUGGUCUUCAGCAUACGACGUCUACCUAAACAUCAGGGGUGACAACCUGACGAAUGAAAAGAGAAAAGGCACGGCCGGCUUGCGCAUCUUGAAAGAGCUUGGGUCUGUGGCAACGAUGCUUACACAGCCGAUAGUCGAUGAUGAAACUAGCUGGGACGUCUUCUGCCCUAUAUUUCAAAACGUUGUCUCUUUGGCGGAGGAUAUCGUUGAGCUUGACUCGGAAGUAAGCGCAGAGAGAAGCCCAUUCUGCAUUAACAUGGCGGUUGUUGGACCACUUUUUCAGAUUGCCUGUCGCUGUAGAGAUCCCAUCAUCCGCAGAAGAGCAAUUGCAAUUCUUCGAACCUGCGGCCGCAUAGAAGGGACAUGGAAUGCCUUUUCAGCUUCUCAAGUUGCGCAAAGAAUCUUGGAUAUCGAAGAAACCGGUUUGCAAAACGUGCGAAGCUGCAUGGACGUCCCAAGCUGGGCUCGUAUAUCAAAUGCAUCGCCAGUUUUCGAUCCCCUUGAGCGGAAGGCGACUCUGACCUAUAGCCAAGCGAGAACUAAGCAUGGCCUGACUAGACGGACGAUGGUAGAUGUAAUUGAAUGGUGA